AGUUCGAUAUUAUAUCGUACAUUCGUUUCGAAAGAUAUUACGAUCGUGGAAAUUGAAUUUUCAAGGACGAGUCUCCUCGUCGAGACUCUUCAUUCCAUAUAGAAAGAACAAUUUGGUGAAUUGUCACGUUACGAAUCGAUUUUUCUUGAAAACAUCAUUCGUAGUAGUGGAUUCAUUUGGAACAUCGUCGAUUUAUCGCGUCCUCGUAUCGGAUACUACCGUCGAUUCAGAAAUGUGUUUCUUCAUCGGAUGGCGCGACGGCGGCAUAAAAAUUCCUAAUUUAUGAGGGGCUACAAUUUCCAUUGAGGUCGAUUAGACGAGGUUGGGGAAAGAUCGUUGAAGGUCGGAUCGAAAGGAACGAAAAAGGUCGAGAACGGAACGAACGAACUUAGUAAGCGAGUAAGCGAGCAAGCGAGAGGAAGAUGACAUAAUACCCUUCUCGUCGCGCAAUUUGCCAAAGAGAUUCGUGCUGCGUGGGACGGACGCAACGCGCGCCGGCAUUUAUGAUAAUGUGUAGUCACGGUUUACUGGAUGCGACGCCCGAGAUGCAACGGCGAACUCGCACUGCGAAUCCUACUUAACGCUCUUGUCCCUGAUGCAGAAGAGUAUGUAAUGACAACUUUUAUCUAUUCGUCGUGGCUGCAACAUCUCAAUCUCCUACGUAAUCGUAAAUGGCAUCGAUUUCAGGGACAUAUCGGUGAGAAUCCGUUCGACAACGGUUCUUGGGGAAAGGAACAUUUUCAACCGUCGACGGUACCUUGGCAGCUGAAUCCGCGCGGCCACUCUCGACCCAGUGACGAUGGCAUAAUGGAUCAUGACACAGACGGAGACGGUGCGAUCAACUUGUCCACGUCGCAGCGACCCUCCGCCGCUACAACCCCCAAUGGUGACAUCCCUGGUUACGGUCAGGAUCAACAGGACAACGAUCAGGCUACUUCGCUAUUUGCAGCGCUGAAGCAGCAACAACAGUCGCGCGAAAACGUAUCGUCGUCGCGGGAUCGCGAGAGCCGUGCCGAAAGAGAACGUCACUCGGUACGUGCUAGCCGAGACGGAAUAGGAAGGAGUGGCGUUUCCGAAGCCACAGGUGGUAGCAUUGUCGAACAACAGCAACAACAGCAAUCCCAAUCCCAACAACAGUUACAACAACAACAGCAACAACAACAACAACAACAACACCAACAGCAGCAGCAACAGCAGCAGCAACAGCAGCAGCAGGAACUAACCAUCGAGUACCAAAGCAAUGGGAAGCUCAGUCCUGCUGGACGCACAGUGACAGCAGCACCCAUGACCCAGCAAAAGCAGCCCAUCAUCGCGCAACAAUCGCAACAACCGAGCUCGGGUGCACCUGGUCUUCAGCCCAGCCCUCAUCAGAGUCCACAGGCCCCUCAACGGGGAUCACCGCCGAAUCCUUCGCAGGGCCCACCGCCCGGAGGGCCUCCGGGUGCUCCACCGUCUCAGAAUCCUUCUCAGAUGAUGCUCAGCCCGGCGAGCGGCCUCCACCAAAUGCAACAAUUGUUGCAACAACACAUCCUCAGUCCUGGCCAACUGCAGUCCUUCCUGCAGCAACAUCCCCUUUAUCUCCAACAACAACAGCAACAACAUCAUCAGGAUUCCACGUCCGAUCAUGCGCCGAAUCAAGAACGCUUUGGCUAUUUCUCGUUAAAAAGCCAGCAACAUCAGCUCGCUGAACUCGGUAGGAAACAGUUGGAGCAGGCUAUGCAACAACUGCAGGAACAGUUGCAAUUGAAUUUGAUUCAACAGACGCAUCUACUACAGACCGCCGAUAAGAAGAAAGCAUCCGGCCCGCUUCAACAGUUAGCCCUUCAACAACAACAAUUGGUACAACAGUUUCAGAUAACGCAGAGACAAUAUCUACUGCAGCAGGGUCUUGGUCUUCAAGGUCACAAUCCUUCCUCAGGUCUCCAACCCGGAGAAGGUUUACCAACAUGGAAGUCCGAAACGUCGGAUGGUUCGGAAUCUCAUCAAAACUCCAGCGUCCCGAAAUCUGGAGGAUUGAACGGACUUCUAAAUUCGAUAGUUUCGGGUCGGCGAUCGGAAAUGAACGGUACGACGCCGUUGGACGAAAAACCACUCGACGUUUCAUGCAACGACAAAGCUCAUCCCCUCUACGGUCACGGGGUUUGCAAAUGGCCGGGCUGUGAAGUUAUUUGCGAAGACUAUCAAGCAUUCCUUAAGCACUUAAACACGGAGCACACGUUGGACGAUAGAUCGACGGCACAAGCGAGGGUACAGAUGCAAGUGGUCUCGCAAUUGGAGAUUCAGUUGCAGAAGGAACGGGAUCGUCUCAAUGCCAUGAUGCAUCAUUUGCAUAUGGCGAAACAAAUGGCUUCCCCCGAACCACCAAAAUCUUCCGAGUCUUCGACGGGCUCGAGUUUACCAAAGUUGAAUCUGUCGACGGCCCUGAUGAGCCAGCCACCACCAAACUUUGGCGUGUCCCAGGUUUCGCCGGUUUCAAUGUCGGCUCUAGUCUCGGCAGUGAGAUCGCCAGCGGGUGGACAACUGCCACCAUCCGCUGGUGGUACGGCGAUGCCACCGAUACCGAACAUGUCAAACAUGUCGGGGAUGCCACCGUUACCGAACAUGCCCGGAACUCCUGGAAGCAUGCCGAGUAUGGCUGGACCGAUACGACGACGAAUCAGUGACAAGUCGACCUUAUCCUUAGCUGGAGGGCUAUAUGAGGAGGGCACUGUAAGGCGCAGAGUAACCAUCGAUAGAUCUGGAAUAGAUAUUAACGAAGAAAUUCAACGAAAUAGGGAAUUCUACAAAAAUGCCGACGUCAGACCACCGUUCACGUACGCAUCCCUAAUUCGACAGUCCAUCAUCGAAUCACCAGAUAAACAGCUGACGCUCAACGAAAUUUAUAACUGGUUCCAAAACACAUUCUGCUACUUCCGGCGAAAUGCAGCAACGUGGAAGAACGCGAUUCGCACCAAUCUAUCAUUGCACAAGUGUUUUGUGCGCUAUGAGGACGACUUCGGGUCAUUCUGGAUGGUGGACGACGCCGAGUUCGUAAAGCGGCGGCAUCUGUCCCGCGGCCGCCCCAGGAAAUAUGACCAAAACCCAUCAUCCACUCCACCCCACCUCUCCGCACAGGGCGUACCAUCGAAAAGUCCAACGCUCACUCAUAGUCCUACGAUGUAUGGUGACGCACUAAAUGCCAACCUCCAGUAUUUCCAGGCUGCACUCGGGGAGUCUAAUAUGGGAUUUUUAAAUAACUCGAUGUGUACGUCGACAGCAACGAGCCCGGAUAAAGAGCACGUCUUGUCUCACAACGAUCUAAUGUCGCCACUGGAUGAACCAGCAGUGCACAUAAAGCAGGAAGGGCAGAGCCCGGAGGGUGGUAAGCUAACGAGAUUAAUAAAACGCGAGAUGCUGGAUGGACCGACGGAACAGGAGGCGGAAGAGGAUCAGGUGGACGAGAGAGAAUAUCCAGAAAGUCACGAGCACGAUUCGGGACAGGACGAGGAUAUCGCAGAGGACCUGUCGAUGGCACCCGACAUAAUGAGCCCGGAGGAUCAGAUCGAGGCGUAGUAUCGUUCGGCUCGAGCCCGAUAGGAGGACGGUACCGUGUCAGGCUGUCUCGUUCGAGUUCGAGGACGAACGAGUUUUCAAAGGAGGUGGAAGAAAAGGGUAAAGGAGGUGGGAGGAGAUGGGGAAGGAGCUGGAGGAGGUGGAAAAGAAGAGAACGUGAAGAAGGACGAGUCUUUCGCGGUCAAAUCGAAUCGUGCCGUUGGAAGAAAACCGAAGGAACGAAGAAGAAAGUUCAAAGGGACGAACGAAGGGACAAACGAAGGACCGUCGGAGGUUCGUUCGCUCACCUCUUCCUACGAAACCCCUCGAAUCAUCAUAUCCGAGCCGCGACGUCUCAGGAGCGGCUAUACUUCGAGACGUAAGAGAGAGAGAUGAAGAAGAUUAAGAAGAUUAAGAAGAAGAACGAACGAACGAACGAACGAACGAAAGGUGAAGGAGGA